GUGUGUACAGUUUUGCCAUGGGUGCCAUGGCAGACAGAACACAGCGUGCUGUGCUUGGAUUUGGGAGUAGGGCUAUCCACGCAUCCGUCCAUCCAUCCGUCCGUCCAUUCAUCCAUCCAUCCAGUCGCCAAAUCGCUCGCUACCUAUGCAAGCACAAACCACCCACUCGAGCCAUGGGAAACAGUCGCCCGGCCCGGCAAUCAUCUCAAUACAUCCCCCAACCAACCAACCAACCAACUGACCAACCAACCAGUCGGUUAAUUCUGUCUACCGUCCCCCCUCUAUUUACAUGUAUGUGUCUGUCUGUCUGUCAGUCAGCCGUGCAUCCAAAUCCUCGCCGCCCCACCGCCCGACACCCGCCGCGCCUUCUUCCGCCUGUGGGCCUCGUCCUUCUCAUCCACCAGGGUAAACUGCUGCCACGGCCUGGGGUCGCUGUCCCACGGCCCCCGCCCACUGCCCCUGGUCGCCGCCAGCACAUCAUCUGGGAAACCGCCCUCGCGCUCCGCGAUCAGCGGCGCCCAGUCGUGGAUGUAGGGGCCGUCCCCGUCGCCGCCCUGCCUCUUGCGCUUGCCGGGCUUCUUCUUGUUUGCUGGGGGGGCUGGCGCUGGCUUGCCAUCCUUGCCCUUGCUGCUGCCGGGUUGGUCUUGUGUGCCGUCCUGUCCUGAGGCUGAUGCUGAUGCCGAUGCCGAUGCGGCAGUGGCGGCGGCGGCGGCUGCGGGCGAUCCGUGCACGCGGCGGUCACGGGUGGGAGGGUCGCCGCCGAUGGUGCCGCUGCACCCAUGAGUCAAUGGACACGCAAUGAGGAGACGCAAUGAGUGGCCGUGUUUGUGUGUGUGAGCUGUGUGAGUUGUGUGAUGCCUACGUGCAUUUGCUGGAUCCGCAAAAGCACUGGAGGCCCUUGGCGCGGCCGAAGCCGUCAGACAUGUAGUCGUACGUCAGCGGCUCGCCCUCCUCUAUGUCUCGAAUGGCGAAGAAACCUAACAUAUGCAGCGCAGCAGCCCCCCAGCAAACGAAACCGCACCCAUGGCAGAUAUGAUGGAUGAAUGCACUGACUGACUGACCGAUCUGUGGGAUGCAUCCCUUGCUAGGGUCGCCGCAGAAGAUGACCUUGCGCUCCAUGUUGGGCUCGCACGAGUGGUUGGCGUACCGCAUUGCGUUGCCGAAGUACAUGGCGUCCACCGCAGGGGCCAGAGCGCUGCACACAGACAUGGCACACACAAGCGUGGGGAUGCAUGGCCCUUCCCGUGUGUCUGAUGUGCUGUGGUUGUGGCUGUGGUUGUGGCUGUGGAUCUGCCUCACUCGGCCCCCUUUGGCAGCUGGUCGAACGGCAGCACGCUGAUGGCGUACUGGUACUUGCCGCCGGUGGGGUCGUUCUCGUACUUCAACACCCGCGCACGCCACUCGCCCAGCGUGAUGACCUCACCCGCAAACUCACCCACAAAGUCACCCGCACCUAUCGCACUCUACACACACACGCACACACACAAGUGCAAUCGAUGUGGUUAGGGGGAGAGGGGUGUGUGGUGUGGUGUGGUGUGGUGUGGUGUACCUGCGCUACGAGUCCCCACCCCAACUUGUCUGAAUGGGAGAUGCACACCGGCACGCCCAACUGGCCCAACCAAGCAGGGCUCCUGACACCACACACACACACACACACCCCAACACCCCUCUCUCUGCUGGUGUGUGGGAGGACGGGUGGAUGUGUCGUCUGGUGCGUACCGUACCAGUUGCUGCAGACAUGGUCCACGUUGGCCGUUUUGCAGGGGGAUGACUCCGAGCAGUAGGCCACCGCCCCCGGCCACAGCUUGUCCGUAUUGAGCCCCGCGGAGCAGACCGUGCCGUCCUCGUCCUUCCACGCCCACUCGCCGCUCUCCUCGUCCCAACUGACACACGGCCAUCCGUCCAUCCAUCCACCCACGGUGAUGGUAGUGGGCGUUGGUUGGUGAUUCUUUCGUUCGUACUAUUUCUCCUUCUCAGCGAUGGCCCUCUUGUCAGGCGGGACGCACCCGGCGCAGAUGUGUGGGAGCGGCGGGUUCAUCACGGGCGGCUUGUGCAGCUGCAGCUGGUAGGGCAUGUAGGAGGGCAGGUUGUUCAGCACGGCCCCAACGCCGUAGCCGUCAGUGCUGACCACCGGCACAUCGCAACUCUGACACAGAUGACACACACACACACACGGGCACAUGUCAUGUGGGAGGGAGAGAGGGAGAGGGGUACCUCUCUGCGCUGAGCUAUGUCGAGCAUGGGGUCCCAGUCGGGGAGCGGCAGCUGGCAGAGAAUCGACAUGCUGAUGUUGUCGUCACGCUCCUGCAGCUGGGGGAACAUCGUGCAGGCUACCUGAUGACACACACAUCACACACAAGAGAGAGCAAGAGACAGACCCACAUCAGCACAACCACUCCGGGCAGAUUGUGUGGGGGUGUGGGUGGGUGGUUGGGGGGAGCGGUGUGACGUCACACACACACACACAGACACACACACACACACAGGCGUACGGACGUCAGACUCGAGUGUCCUCGGGAUGGGCAGUAUCUCAGUCAUUUGCACGUUGUCGUCUUUGUCCUUGUACUGCACCACCAGCAAGUAGGGGAAGAAGUCGUGGGCACCGAACGCCUCGCCCUCGAACCACCCCUGGCUCGCGUCUAUGUACUCCACCAACCUGUCAAGCGACUCGUCACCGUGCUCCUACACACACACACACACACACACAAUGGAUGGAUGGAUGGAUGGAUGGAUGGCGGCGAACGGAUCGCCCUGACUGUCUGUCUCUCUGUCUGUCUGCUCUGCUUGUCCUCACCUGACGGAAGGUUUCGUCAUUUUCCUUGACGUACCCGCUGAGCACCUUCUCGAUCUGCUGCUUCAUGGCGUUGUGCUGGUCCAGCAGCACCAGCUCCAGCGUCGUGAGGCGCAAGGUCUGGUGGGCGAUGCGGGUGGUCGCGUCAGCCGCGGCGUCGUGGUCGGGAGUCGGGAACAGCAGCGGGAUGGCGCGCGUCGGCUCCCUGUUGAGCAUCUUCCUCUGCACACAGAGAGAGAAGAAUAUGCCUGUGGCUGGCUGUGUUGAUGUGGUGUGUGGUGUGUGGGUGUGAGGUGUGGCGGGUGAACCCACCUGCUCCUUGAUGAAGUCGCUGCUGUUCCUGUCAGCGAGUGCGCGCUUCUCUGUGCCGGCGGGUGGGAGGCAGCUCUGGACCUCGUUGGCCCUGGGAGCGCGAAGCAGCACGUAGUCGGCCAUCUGGGUGCUCUGCAACACAAACUAAAGAGAGAACCGGGGAAUCGGGAAGGUGCGUGUGUUGGUCAGCCAUCCAUCCAUCCAUCCAUCCCCCCAGCCACGGACCUUCCAGACGCGUCUGCGCGCCCCUCUCUCGACGGUGGUGUCGACGUAGGCGUUCCUCACGGUGAACAAACCGUCAUACCGGAACCCCCUGCACACACACACACACACAGUAUGGACGCCAGGACGCAUGUGUGUGUGUGUGUGUGACCUCCAUGCCCUCCCACCUCAACCCCGCCCGUCCUGAGUAUAUCAUUCACUCACCAUGGGGGCGCGUACUGCGAGAGUGCCUUGUACCCGCGGACGAAGCGGAUCUUCUCGCCCUUGGCAUAGGCACUCAGCAGCGCGUCGUUGCCCCUGGACAGCGUCUGGUCGUCCUCCUCGGCCUUGCCCUCACCCGCAUACACCACACGACUACCGCGGUCCCAGUCAUCUAAACACACACACAGAGAGAGAUGUCAUAUGGCAAUAGGCACACGUGUGUGUGAGAGGGGUAUGUGUGUGCGUGGGUGUGCGGUAGCUGACCCUUGUAUCCUCCGUUGCUGACGACGCUAGUGCAGAUGCCGUCCCUGAAGGCGAUACCGGCCACCAUCUGCUUGUGCACACCAAACAGGAGCAUCGCGUUACGGUACGGAAACACCGUCCCUGGCUCAAACUCUGCAGAGAGAGAGAGAGUGAGAGUGAGUGAGAGUGCACACACACACACACACACACACACACACACGCACACGCCCCACACACACGUCGUGAGAGUGUGAUGUGUGUGGUGUAUGCGGAUUGGAUACCGAGCAGCGGUUUGCCCUUGACAUCUACAGGCUCGUCGAGGCCCAGCCACUCCUGGAUGGACCUGAAGACCUUGUUGUGGUCCUUCAGGGCCUCGAACUCCUGGUCCCAUCGCUGCAGCAGAAACUGACCUGCAGCCAGCCAGCCAGCCAUGUGACGCAUACGCACACACACGCUCGUUGCCGAUGGAUGGAUGCCCUUUCUCCGAGCGCACACGUGUGCCCACCUUUCUGUUUGGGGGUGAGCGACCGAUACAGCCCCCUGCACACACGGACACGGGCACGACGCAUCACCAUCCAUCCAUCAUCCACACAUCCCACCCCACAGCGCUGCCGGGUGGAUGAAUGGCUUACUUGUCGAGGAGCUCCCCCUCCUUGAACUGGCGCUGCUGCGCCAUCUGUCGCCCUGCUAUCCUCCUGCCUUAUGGUGCGAUUUGUCCUCGGCGCCCAGUUUUAGAGCGGGAG